AACGUUGUUUCAAUUACAAAGAGAUACUUGCAAUGUAAUUGAUUUACAUAUUAUGUAUUAGCCUAGUCCUUCCAAUCUUUUGUUUCUUCUGCUGAAUUAUUACGUUACAAAUGAUCUUAAUAAAGGCUAAUUGUGAUGUGAACAUGCUUAGAGAAGAUAAUCAACAUGGUGAGGUAUUAGCACUACCAAUUUACUGAAGAGAAAAACAGUACCCAGAGCAAAUGAGGGUUAGAAAUUUCUUUUCUAAACCCAAGAAAUGAGUGAGAUACCACAGCCGAAAAAGAAAUGAAGAAAGAGAACUCUGAAGAAAAAGCAACGGAACCAACCGAAAAGGUUUCAGGGGACACACAAGAAGAACAGGACCCAGAGCAAAACAGAAACGAAGAAAAUCAAUUCUACGCUGUUUCGGAACCCUCACCAUCCAUCACUGUCAGUUCUCCUUCCCUCCGAACCCACAAAUCCCCUUCGCCGCCACUUCAUUCUCUCACCGACUCGCCAAUCUCCGAUGGCCACUCCUCCCCGCACCCUCAAAAUCCGCCACCCGAAUCGUCAUCGGACUCGUCGAUUUCCGAUGGCCACUUCUCGAUCGCCGACCAGCGUCUCUCUCCGCCGGUGGUUAUGGCUCACCGGUUCCAAGUGGAGCCCGCGGUGGUGACCAAGGUCGAUCUCGGUGCCGAGGAGGGUUUCGUAAAAGACGUCGAACAAGCCACCGGAGCCGCCGGUGGUAAUCGACGACUGAGACCAGAUGUAUCCGGUUUGUUAAAGACGAAAAAAAUCGCGACCUGGAGCAAGCUCUUGUUUGGUCUUCGAAUAACCGCUUUUGUUUUCUGCUUGGCAUCUUUCUCGGUGCUGGCCGCUGAUAAGAAACGCGGUUGGGCUCUCGACUCUUUCUUUUUGUACAAGGAAUUCAGGUAUAGUUUGUCAGUAAAUGUUAUUGGAUUUAUGCAUUCUGGGCUGCAGAUUUGUGAUCUCUGGCGGUACUUGGCUACGGGAAAGCACGUGGUGGAUCACCAGCUAUGGGGUUAUUUCACUUUCGCACUGGAUCAGAUAUUGACAUACCUUCUUAUGUCAUCAUCAUCAUCGGCUGCCACUAGAGCUUAUGACUGGAUAUCCAAUUGGGGCGAGGACAAGUUCCCCUACAUGGCAAAUGCAUCUGUGGCUUUGUCUUUGGUUGCUUUUGUUGCCUUUGCCUUGGCCUCUCUUGUCUCAGGUUCUAUCAUUGUAAGAUUCAGAUAAUAUAUACAUAUACAGUGUGUGAGGUGUGCAAACUGUAUCUGCUCCGCUAGGUUAAGUUUUAUCCUUUCUUGGAUGGAAGUUGUCCUACUAUAUUUUCGACAAGGAGACUCACUUUGUACAGAAAGGAAAAUUCUCUUUGUUUGUGUUAAUUUUGUUUGUAUGGAUACAGGUAGAUGAGCUUGUGGAACUGGCAUCGAUAUGAAUACUUCACUUUGGAAUUUUAGUGAAGAUGGUGUUUGAUUUA